CCCCGCGCAACCCCCACCGGAGCCCUUGUUGCUGUCCUCCGCUAAAUUACCCGGCACCCGACUUGGCGGGGUCAGUUUGCUAUUUAGGUCCCUUUUUUUUUCUCCUAUUCAUCCUCAAGGUACUCCUCACAGACGGUCAGCUCUUGCUAGCCUCUUAGCUCAAAAUGGCCAACGUAUUGGACGACAUUUCUCACCGCCGCUACAACCCCCUUCGAGGCUCGCACAUUUUGGUGUCUCCCCACCGCACCAAGCGUCCUUGGCAAGGAGCGCAGGAGAGCCCUUCCAAGACCACUCUACCCCACCAUGAUCCAGAGUGCUACCUGUGCCCUGGUAACAAGCGAGCCCAGGGUGACGUCAACCCCAAAUACGAAAGCACCUUUGUCUUCGUCAACGACUACAGUGCUGUCAAGGAAGAGCAGGCUGCAUAUGAGGGUUCAGGCGGCGAUGAUCUCGAGUCGCGCUUCCUCAAGGCCGAGCCCGUGACCGGCAAGUGCUACGUCCUGACCUUUUCCUCCGCGCAUAACCUCACCCUCGCCGACCUGUCCCCGACCGAUUUUUUUUUUUUUUUUAUUGCUUUUACCGAGAUCUACACUGCGCACUUGUCGCCCAAGUCUCCACUGGCUCAGAAUGCGCCCCCAACCCACAUCCAGCCUUCUGGGUCCCACACCAGCAUUACCAAGCCCAAGGAGCAAUACCGGUACAUGCAGAUCUUUGAGAACAAGGGCGCUGCCAUGGGCUGCUCAAACCCCCACCCUCACGGCCAGGUCUGGACCACCAGCACACUGCCGGAGGAGCCUGCUGCGGAGCUGGAGCAGUUGCGCCGGUACCGUCAGGAGCACAGCGGUAGCCACAUGCUGGAGGACUACGCAGCGCUCGAGAGCCGUAAGCAGGAGCGAGUUGUCUUUGAGAACGAGGGUUUCAUCGUCGUCUGCCCCUGGUGGGCAACUUGGCCUUUCGAGACGAUGGUUGUCAGCCGCACGCACAAGCGUGCUCUGGUUGAUCUCUCCGAUGCUGACAAGGUUCUCCUUGCUGAGGCCAUCGCUGAGAUUACUCGUCGCUACGAUAACCUCUUCGAGACUCACUUCCCUUACUCUAUGGGUAUCCACCAGGCUCCUCUGGACGGCACCGAUGAGGAGGUCGAGGCCUCGUAUCUGCAUCUGCACUUCUACCCGCCUCUUCUGCGGAGCGCAACCGUUCGCAAGUUCUUAGUCGGGUAUGAGUUAAUGGCCGAGCCUCAGCGCGAUAUCACUCCUGAGCAGGCGGCCGCUCGUCUUCGUGGAUGCGGUGGUGAGCUCUACCGCAAGAAGCUGGAAUAAAUACUGGUCUUUGUGGGUGAGGGGCAGUCGAAGAUUAGCGAGCGAGUAGUAUUAUCAGAAUUCUUACCUUACAUAUCUAAGGUUGUUGGACAUAUGCCGAUGUACCUAAAAUUUAGCUUUUAUCCAUGGGCCAUAGCAUCAAGCCUGCGGGUUUAAUCGUUGAUUGGUGUUUCUUCGCAUCGUCGGCCCGGCACUCCGAGAAUUACUCACAGCUACCUCGUAUUUGGUCUUGGAAGCAUCGAUCGCUAUUGAUCCCCAGCUUCGUGAUUAGACUUGUCUGGAGUUAUCGUUUCAUUUGAGAGUAGUGUCAAUUAAUCCUGGCAGAACCGAGACCUGUAUAUGAUUUGAAAUCAAAGAUAUACUUCACACAAGUCUUGUAAGCCCUGGACUUUUGGCUACUAUGUUGGCUAUUUAAACCCGACAUCUUGCUACAAACAUGGUUUCUUCGUAUCAUGCGAAAAGUGCCCUCCAG